AGAUUCUCAUUGUUUGCCAUUUCCAGUUUCCAGUAAUGGGAACGAUUACUUGAUCCAGCCAGUUGCUGUGGAGGACCCUGGGAUAACUUACAAACCUUCAUGGCAAAUUUUUAUCGGCUCCCAUAAAAACGCCACCGGAUAAAAGAGCCAGAACGUGGGGUUUGGUACCUGGAGGCGUCACCUCUGAUGAUGAAUAUUGUUUGAUUUGGGGGGUUGAGUGUCUGUCCUUCAGGAACGAGAUGUAUCUUGCUCUUCUGGUGAUUUUCUUGCAGUGUUCAGAACUUUACACUCAGGAUAAAGUUUUUACUUUCAACACAGUUGAAAUCAAGGUUCAGCCAUCUGUCAAAGUGAGGAAUGGAGCUGCCAUGUCGAUCAUCUGCCACGCUGACAUCAGCAAAAGCGCCGAUUUCCAGCUGAAAUACAAUUUCACGAUCUUUAAGGACCGCAAGCUCGUGUUCAUGACCGUGGCAGACACGGGAGAGGCACGGUAUGAGAUCCCCGUGGCCAGAUCCUCAGACACGGGGGACUAUCAGUGCACGGUGAGAGCGGAGAAGAAGACACGGUCCAGUGACCCCGUCCACGUUUGGGUGGCAGGAAUGACCAAGCCAAUCCUGACUGCUGACAAGAGAGAUGUUUUGGAGGGCGAAGUUGUGAAGUUACGUUGUGAGCUGCCCGAAGAAGAACCUCCUUUACUGUUCUGCUUCCGGAAGAUAAAGACGAAUUCAACGCCCAAAGAGAGAUGUGUACCUGAGUCUUACACCAAUUUCUCUGAACUGGAGGUUUCUGUUGAAGAAGGAGAUCAUAUUUUACAGUUUGACUGCUUUGGUAGGAGGAAUGUAAAGCUUGAAUGGGAAGAGUCAGCCCGGAGCAACAGAACCCUCGUUACGGUCAGGGAACCUUUUAUAAAGCCCACUCUGACCACUGUGCCCUCCAGUAAUGUCACAGAAGGAGACCAAAUACAGUUUGAGUGCUCAACUGCCGUGGUUCGAAUGCGGGACCUGGAGAUCAUCCUCCAGAAAAACAAAACAAUCCUGAACAGUGUCCAAGAUAAGAAGCUUCUGAGAUACUCCACAGUAGCUACUCUAGAGGACAGUGGGGAAUAUCUGUGUAAGGUGGAGCAAGGGGGAGCAUCUAAAACCACCAAACUGAACGUUGUUGUGUCAGAGUUAUUCCCCAAGCCAACACUGAUUGCCUCUAUGACUAAGCUGGAUAAGAAUAAAGAGUUAAUUUUGAAUUGCAGCAUUAAUGGUUUUCAGAAAGCGAACUUCUCUAUCCUACGGAAAAAUUCCAACGGAGACAUCCCACUGAAAAGUUCUCAGAGCUUAAAAAUGAGAGUUAAUGUGAAUGAUACUGGCUCUUACACCUGCAAAGCUGAAGUAAAAGGAAUAGUCAAGGAGAGCAGACCUGUAAGGAUUAAUGUUUAUGCCCCAGUUUCCAAGCCAACUCUUUCCGUUGCCGGGGGUUUGCCGGAGGUGGUGCUGGGGAAGCCCCUGCAGCUGAUCUGCCACUCGGUGAUGGGGACGCCCCCCAAAACCUUCAGGUUCUACAAAGGGAAUGAAGUAGAGAAAACAGUCAUUAAUGACACGUAUGCUACGUUCUUGGAUGAAAAUAUUAGGCUGGAUGACGGGAGGGGUUACAGAUGUGACGCUCGAAAUAACCACUCCAGCGGUGUGAAAAGCAGCGACAUCCUGAACGUCACGGUAAUUGUGCCAGUCAGGGAUGCCAGCCUGGGCAGUGUCCCAUACGGAGAAGUGGAAGAUGGCAGCGAGACCGCUUUUCUCUGCUCGGUCAAAGAAGGCUCUUGGCCAAUCCUGUUCAGGUUUUUUAAAAAAACUGACCGUGAGGUUCUCCUGUUCGAGAAAGUGGAGCAUGCAGACAGAGCCAUGUGGCACAAGAAGACGAUGAAGAGGCAGGACACGGGGACAUAUUAUUGUGUGGCCUCCAACAGAGCCAACGUGGACGUGAGGAGCCGCCCCAUCACCAUCAGUGUCAUUUUGGCAGCUUGGAAGAAAGGAGUCAUCGCUGCCCUGGUCCUGGUCACCGUUGCAGGAGCAGCAGCACUUGCCCUGUGGUGGUUUUUGCGCAAGAAGAAAAAGGCUAAAGGACCGUCCAUGGAGAUGUCUGGCUCAGCCUUGGCUGCAAACUUGACAAAUGAAAAGCUGACGAGACAGCCCAGCGAUGGGGACUAUUAUCCAGGAUCAGGUUACAUUGAAGAUAGUGAAAAUCACAUGAAAUCAGCAGAUGAGAGUAAAGGACCUGACCUUGAGAGUGCUGAGGUGGAGUACACUGAAGUGGAAGUGUCAACGCUCGAUCCUCACAGAGCUCCUGUACAGAAGGGGACUGAAACAGUUUAUAGUGAAAUCAGAAAAGCUAAUAAUGGUUCUCUGGAGAACAGGCACUCUAGAAUAUCAGGGCAUCCUGAUGCUACUUAGAACAGUCAUCUCAAAGAUCAGCUGGGAGAAGAGAACAAGCCGAGAUGGAAGACGUUGCAAACGUUUCAAAGGCUCCGCAGCAGUUAUUUAUGAGUUUGCCAGACUCUUCUUUUCAAAGAUUAUUUCCUUAGAGGGAACAAUAGGGAUGUUCCUAAAGCAUUUAAUGGAAAAAAUUGCGAAUAAAAAUUCCCAUAGGAAAGUGGCUCUAGAAACCACUGACCCAGGUUCUCAUUUUGAAUUUCUCCUGCUAAUGCAAUUUUGCCUUUUUUUUUUUUUUUUUUGCCUCCAAUUCAUCAUUCCCUGAGGAAACAAAAGGGGAGGUUACAGCUGAGGAAGCACAUUUCUACAGUGCAGCCACUAUUGGGAUGCCAGUGGGAUGUAGAAAUAUCUGAGCUUGCUUUGAACUCGCUACCUUGGCUAUCGGUGACACUUGUGUGGCAGAGCAGAGCUCAGCACAGCUUGGCCAGCCAUGGAUGUACCUUCUGAUCCUGCAGCUUGUGCUGAACUCCCUGUGCUGCAGCAGCUGGACUGCUACCAGGCUUGGAGCCAGCUCAGAGCCCUGGGGAUGCUUCCCUGCAGGGAGGGCCUGACAGAACAGAGAGCUCUGGGUGCUCGAAAAACUCAAAUAACUGUCCAGAGAUUCAGACUUUACCAAGUGCUUCUACCAGGAGGGGCACAAAUAGUCUUUAUUCUUUGCUAAACUGCUUUUCCCCUUUGAAAGGUCUGGUGCUUAUUGGUUAGUUUGGUGUGAUGGUUCUUCAAGAAACGAUUGUCCAUCACAGUUGGUUUGGAUGGUUCUGUGCCAGGUCUUCAGGGAGUAGAUGGAUUUACUGCACCCAGGUCAGUGAGUUUGUACCUGAAAAUCAUGUUAUGUAUAAUCCUUAUUCCUUUGGUUUUAGGAGAGGUCUGAAGUCAUACUUGUGCCCAGUUUGUCCAGUGUGGGACUCCAUGCCUAACCUUUUCCCCUAGAGCAUGAUAAACCGCUAACAUGGAUCCAGUGUGGACCUGGCUCUAAUCUCUGCAGCCCCUGUUUAUCUCAGCUGCAUUACUUUAAAAAAGAACCCAAAACGAACCAGAUAAAAUGCUGUCCCCAGCCCCAUAACCAGCUGGCCUCUGGCACUGCAACUGCUCUCCUUUUCUUACUGCAGAUUAAAUUACUACAAGAUCUGGGCCACAGGUAAGAAGGUUCUCAUUUUAAUUAGAAAAUAGUGAAAGAGAGGCCGUGGAUUGUAUAUACAUAUAUAAAGUUACUGCUUUAAGCAUUGCAUCAAGGGUGCAAAACCACCACAAAACACAAAAGGGUUUUAUAUCCUCAUUCCAAGUGUUUAAAUUGUCAAGCUCCAGUUACUGGCUAAUAUCUCUAAUUUAUUGUUCCCUGUGCAAAUGUUGUUUGUAUCACAAGCCUGUCACAACCGACUGACUUCACAGCUCUCUUCUGUUGACAAAUGUUCCUUCAGCAUCCCACGAGUGUCCAUGCAAAUGCCUUAGUAUAAGGAAUGUGAAAAGGUAUUUUAAUAAAGAAAACUCUGAAUUGA